UGCCCAAUCCAUCCAUGGACGACACAGGCGUCACCGACACGACGGCCACCGACUGCAACUACGCCUAUUCGUGCUGGAAAUCCUCCGUCUCCAAGAUGAACACUGUCUGCGCCGAGUACCCGCCUCUGUACCCGCGCCUCCAGCUCCACGCCAAUAUGCCGCCGCAAAUGAUCGCCGACAUCAUCAUGGACUUGAAACAGCAGCGGCGAGCCGUGGACGAGAAGCGCGCCAGCGUGCUAGGCCAUCUCAACAUGACCGACGACGAAGACAAUGAGGUUGUCCAUGCGGACGAGACCAGUCCGAUGUGCUCCUAG